AUGUCCCUGGCGGCUGCGGCGGGCCGGGGCCCGGGAGCCGUGUGGUCCCCGACCCACGUGCAGGUGACGGUGCUGCAGGCGCGGGGCCUGCGGGCCAAGGGCCCCGGGGGCACGAGCGACGCGUACGCGGUGAUCCAGGUGGGCAAGGAGAAGUACGCCACCUCGGUGUCGGAGCGCAGCUUGGGCGCGCCCGUGUGGCGCGAGGAGGCCACCUUCGAGCUGCCGCCGCUGCUGUCCGCCGGCGCCGCGCCCGCCGCCGCCGCCACCCUGCAGCUCACCGUGCUGCACCGCGCGCUGCUCGGCCUCGACAAGUUCCUGGGGCGCGUGGAGGUGGACCUGCGGGAGCUGCACCGGGACCAGGGCCGCAGGAAGACCCAGUGGUACACCUUGAAAUCCAAGCCAGGAAAGAAGGAAAAAGAGCGAGGAGAAAUUGAGGUUGACAUCCAAUUUAUGAGAAACAACAUGACUGCCAGCAUGUUCGACCUGUCCGUGAAAGACAAGUCUCGGAAUCCCUUUGGGAAACUGAAGGACAAGAUCAGGGGGAAGAAUAAGGAUAGUGCUUCGGAUACCGCCUCAGCCAUCCUCCCCAGCACAUCGCCCUCUGUCGACAGCGAUGAUGAGUCACCUUCGAAGGACAAGAAAAAGAAGUCGAAGAUUAAGACCUUGUUUUCCAAGUCUAACUUGCAGAAAACACCGCUUUCCCAGUCCAUGUCCGUCCUGCCUACUCCAAAAGCAGACAAAGUGCUGCUGCGUCCCGGGGACUUUCAGUCCCGGUGGGAGGAUGAUGACAAUGAGGAUGAGUCCUCCUCAGCCUUGGACAUCAUGUCUCACAAGAGAUCAGGAAGUGCAGAUCCUAAGCAACUGAACCAGGCCCACCUCAGCCUCCCCAAGAAGGAAGGGCUCUCUUUCCUUGGCGGCCUUCGGUCCAAGAACGACUCGCUUUCCCGCUCCAACGUCUGCAUCAACGGGAACCACGUUUACGUGGAGCAGCCAGAAAGCAAGCCUGAGCCCAAGGACAGCACCUCCUCUUCCCCGUCCCCUCAGGGCUUCAGGAAGAGGCAUUUGUUCUCCUCCACAGAAAACCUGUCUCCUCGGUCCUGGAAGGAACCCGGGGAUGGGAGUGCUGUGUCCUCUGACAAGUGGCUCUCCGAGUCUUCCACAAAGAACUCCCCGAAAUCCAUGACCCUGCCGCCCUCCUGGCCACAGGGCAGCGGGGACUUCGGGGAAAACACAGCUCCGGCGAAACUGGAGGCCGUGAAAGAAGCCAAAGAGAGUAAGAAGCACGAGAGCAAGAAGUCCUCUCUGCUUUCUCUGGUGACAGGAAAGAAGGAGGUGGCCAAGGGCAGUGAGGGUGAAAGCCCUGCCACCACCCCUGGGAAGGAGCAGGAGGGCCCGCUGAGGGAGGACGGGCCGGGGCCCGCUGAAGGCCUUGCGAAGAGAUCGGAGAAGGAUACAACGGCUGUUGUCUCCGGACGGGGAAAAUCCCUGAACCCCUUCGGAGAAGUGCAGAGCACAGACCUGGGGGCCGACCCGGAGCCCAAGUCUGAACUGACGCCGCCUGUUCCCUCUCCCAGGGCACCCCAGACCAAAGCCGUGAAACCUCGACCUCAUCUCGUGAAGCCAAUGAACACGACAGCCACCAAGACGGCUAACUCCAGCUUGGGAACUGCCACUAUCAUCAGCGAGAACUUGAUCAACGAAGCUAUCAUGAAGAAAUACACCCCCUCGGACCCUGCUUUUGCCUAUGCACAGCUCACCCAUGAUGAGCUGAUCCAGCUGGUCCUCAAACAGAAGGAAACAAUAAACAAGAAGGAGUUCCAGGUUCGAGAGCUGGAGGACUACAUCGACAACCUGCUCGUCAGGGUCAUGGAAGAAACCCCCAACAUCCUCCGGGUCCCGGCUCAGGUCGGCAGGAAGGCAGGGAAGAUGUGA